UUCUAGGUGUAGUUCUAUAGAUUUGGACCACAAAAUAUGAAGGACCAAUUCACGCUCCCCACCAUAGCAAAGCAGCUUUUACGUAACAAUGGGUACCAACCACUUCCUCUAUCAGAGUGACUAACUCACUUCCUUUUGUUGAACACUUACCAUCACAUAACCCCAACUCCCAGAUUCAUAAAUUCACGAGAAGAAAAAUCCACUAAAACACUCAUUACCAACGAUGGGGAAGAAGCGGGUAAUGGUUCCGGCCAAGGAACUGGACUUGUCGACCGUUAAAUACGAGAAAGAAACAAUCCAAGCUCCUCAUUUGACGGGAUCGAUACUGAAGUUGUUUGUGAGGAUAAUUGAAAUUCCAAUUAUAGGUUCUUUGAUCAUAUCUUUCAUGAAAAAGGAGAAUAACAUGGUUGAGAUGUUGCAGAACACUGAGAUACCAGAAAAACCCAUGUUUAAACCUGAAUUUCCUCCUCAAGAAGCAGAACCUUCUGUUGUCAUUGUGGAUGAAGAAGGGAAACCAACUGAUAGAGUUGAAUCAGCCCUUAAGUGUCUUCCUCAUUAUGAUCCUGCUAGUUGCUGGAGUGGAGAUACACUUCCAUCGUUCCGGUACUGGAAGAUUCGUGACUUUGCUUAUGCUUAUCGAUCAAAACUUGUGACACCUUCUAAGAUAGCAGAACAAAUCAUCACACUUGUUGAGGGGUGUAAAUAUCAUAAGGCCCCAACACCAUUAUUGAUAUCAUUUGAUGCUGAGGAUAUCAGGAAGCAAGCAGCAGCUUCAACACAAAGGUUUAAGGAAGGAAAUCCAUUGUCAAUCUUGGAUGGAAUUUUCAUGGCAAUCAAGGAUGACAUAGACUGCUAUCCUCAUCCAACUAAGGGUGCAUCAACAUGGAUGCAUGAGGUUAGAUCUGUUGAGAAGGAUGCAGUUUCUGUCUCAAGAUUGCGGAGCUGUGGUGUGAUUCUUAUUGGGAAGGCCAAUAUGCAUGAAUUUGGCAUGGGCACAACUGGAAACAAUCCAAAUUAUGGAACAACCAGAAACCCUUAUGCACAUGAAAGAUAUACAGGUGGAUCCUCCUCUGGCCCAGCAGCAAUUGUAGCUUCUGGACUAUGUUCUGCUGCCCUAGGAACAGAUGGUGGAGGUUCUAUUCGCAUUCCUUCAUCCCUUUGUGGUGUAGUGGGCUUGAAAACAACUUAUGGAAGGACAAACAUGGGAGGAUCAUUAUGUGGAUCUGGGACUGUGGAAAUUGCUGGACCAAUAGCAUCAACAGUGGAAGAUGUCAUACUAGUGUAUGCAGCUAUUUUGGGUUCCAGUCCUGAGGACAGAAUCAGUUUGAAACCGUCUCCCCCUUGUUUGCCUAUUUUGUCAUCACUUGAGAAUGUUAACAUUUUGGGAUCAUUGCAACUGGGGAAGUAUACAGAGUGGUUUAAUGAUGUGCAUUCAACUGAUAUCUCUGACGUCUGUGAAGAUGUUCUCAACCUUCUGUCAAAAAGCCAUGGAUGUAAGACAAUAGAGAUAGUAAUACCAGAACUACAUGAGAUGCGUAUAGCUCAUCUUGUUUCAAUUGGAUCUGAAUCGAUACGCUCGCUAAAUCCUGAUAUAGAGGAUGGGAAAGGUGUGAAAUUGAAUUAUGAUACUCGCACUUGUAUGGCACUUUUUCGAACAUUCACUGCAUCAGACUAUGUUGCUGCCCAGUGUCUUAGGCGAAGGAUAAUGCACCAUCACCUGGAGAUCUUCAAGAAGGUUGAUGUCAUAGUGACCCCGACAACUGGCAUGACAGCACCAAAAAUACCACCUAGUGCUCUGGAAAAUGGAGAAUCGAACAUGCAGGUUUCAGGUUAUCUCAUGCGGUUCAUUCUUGCUGCUAAUCUUCUUGGUCUUCCUGCCAUUACUGUCCCUGUUGGUCAUGACAAACAAGGACUUCCAAUAGGUUUACAACUAAUAGGCCGUCCAUGGGGUGAAGCUACAAUUCUACGUUUGGCUUCUGCAAUUGAGGAACUUUGUGCUGAAUCCAGAAGGAAGCCUGCUUCAUUCCAUGACAUCUUAAAGACCAAGUAAAAGCAUUCAUGGACUACGAUUUAUUGCAGAUCCCUAUGUUUAUAUCACCUAUGAUGAUGCAUCAUGUAACAUUGUUUGCUUAUUUGAUAUCUGCUAUCAUUUCGACAAACCAUACUAGAAAUAAACCGAUUAUCUAUUUGAUUCAUCUACAUUGUUUUCUAUAAA